CACAUUAGGAUUGUUUCUAGUAUUGGGCUUUUCAUUUUAAUUUUGGCAAUUUUCCUGACAAAUUUUUUAGCUUUUUUUUUUACUGCUCUGGUUUAGUUAUAGGCAGCUAUCAAAAGCUGGUCACUAUAGAAUGGACAGUGUGAAAUGGAAAUUCCCUAAAUCAAUGAUUAAGUAAUACUGGGCCACCAGCCACUCUUUUCCAGCCGCCGCGCCGGCCUGGCCUGGGAACAGUUGGAAAACCAAUUCGUCUCUUAGCCAAUCAUUUCCAAGUACAGAUUCCUAAAAUUGAUGUUUAUCAUUAUGAUGUGGAUAUCAAACCAGAAAAACGGCCCCGGAGAGUGAACAGGGAGGUAGUAGAUACUAUGGUGAGACACUUCAAAAUGCAAAUAUUUGGGGAUCGACAGCCUGGCUAUGAUGGCAAAAGAAAUAUGUAUACUGCGCAUCCUCUACCUAUUGGAAGGGACAGGGUGGAUAUGGAGGUCACACUCCCCGGUGAAGGGAAGGACCAGACCUUUAAAGUGUCAGUCCAGUGGGUGUCUGUAGUCAGCCUUCAGCUGCUCCUGGAAGCUUUGGCAGGGCAUCUGAACGAAGUCCCAGAAGACUCUGUGCAGGCACUCGAUGUCAUCACACGGCAUCUUCCCUCUAUGAGGUACACUCCAGUGGGGCGUUCCUUCUUCUCUCCCCCUGAAGGAUACUAUCACCCGCUGGGUGGAGGUCGGGAGGUCUGGUUUGGCUUCCAUCAGUCUGUCAGGCCCGCCAUGUGGAACAUGAUGCUCAAUAUAGAUGUAUCUGCAACUGCUUUCUACCGUGCUCAGCCUAUUAUUGAAUUCAUGUGCGAAGUCCUGGAUAUUCAGAACAUCAAUGAACAAACAAAACCCCUUACGGAUUCCCAGCGUGUUAAAUUUACCAAAGAAAUCAGAGGUUUAAAAGUGGAGGUUACGCACUGUGGCCAAAUGAAAAGAAAAUACAGAGUUUGCAAUGUUACUAGACGACCUGCUAGCCAUCAAACGUUCCCUCUGCAGUUGGAAAAUGGGCAAGCUAUGGAGUGUACAGUAGCUCAGUAUUUUAAGCAGAAGUACAGUCUGCAACUGAAAUACCCACAUCUUCCAUGCCUCCAAGUAGGGCAAGAGCAGAAACAUACAUAUCUACCCCUUGAGGUGUGUAAUAUUGUUGCAGGACAGCGUUGUAUUAAGAAACUAACAGACAAUCAGACAUCAACUAUGAUCAAAGCAACAGCACGAUCUGCACCUGACAGGCAGGAGGAAAUUAGCAGACUAGUCAAGAGUAACAGUAUGGUUGGUGGACCUGAUCCAUAUCUGAAGGAGUUUGGUAUUGUUGUCCAUAAUGAAAUGACAGAACUGACAGGCAGAGUAUUACCUGCACCAAUGCUGCAGUAUGGAGGUAGGAACAAGACUGUUGCUACACCAAAUCAGGGUGUCUGGGAUAUGAGAGGAAAACAGUUCUAUGCUGGGAUUGAAAUUAAAGUGUGGGCUGUUGCCUGCUUUGCACCUCAGAAGCAAUGUCGGGAAGAUUUGUUAAAGAGUUUUACUGAUCAGCUGCGCAAGAUCUCUAAGGAUGCGGGGAUGCCAAUCCAGGGCCAGCCGUGCUUCUGUAAAUAUGCACAAGGGGCAGACAGUGUGGAGCCCAUGUUCAAACAUUUGAAAUUGACUUAUGUGGGGCUGCAGCUAAUUGUAGUGAUUCUUCCAGGAAAGACACCUGUCUACGCUGAAGUUAAACGAGUCGGGGAUACUCUCCUGGGUAUGGCAACUCAAUGUGUUCAGGUGAAAAAUGUGGUGAAAACAUCUCCUCAAACUCUGUCCAAUCUUUGUCUGAAGAUCAAUGCAAAACUUGGUGGAAUAAACAAUGUCCUUGUACCACAUCAAAGGCCCUCAGUAUUCCAGCAACCUGUUAUUUUUCUGGGAGCAGAUGUCACUCACCCACCUGCUGGAGAUGGGAAGAAACCUUCCAUUGCUGCUGUAGUAGGAAGCAUGGAUGGCCACCCCAGCCGCUAUUGCGCUACUGUGCGAGUGCAAACAUCCCGUCAAGAGACAUCACAAGAACUGCUGUACAGUCAGGAAGUGAUUCAGGACCUGACCAAUAUGGUGCGAGAACUGUUGAUCCAGUUUUACAAAUCCACUCGCUUCAAGCCCACACGGAUAAUUUACUACAGAGGAGGAGUAUCCGAAGGGCAGAUGAAACAGGUAGCUUGGCCUGAGCUUAUCGCAAUCCGGAAGGCCUGUAUCAGUUUAGAAGAAGACUACAGGCCAGGGAUCACCUACAUUGUCGUGCAGAAAAGACAUCACACAAGACUCUUUUGUGCAGACAAAACUGAACGGGUGGGGAAAAGUGGAAAUGUUCCAGCAGGCACUACUGUGGAUAGCACCAUCACCCACCCCUCUGAAUUCGACUUUUACCUCUGUAGCCAUGCGGGAAUCCAGGGAACCAGCCGUCCUUCUCACUAUCAAGUCUUGUGGGAUGACAACUGCUUCACCGCAGAUGAAUUGCAGCUACUGACAUACCAGCUGUGUCACACUUACGUUCGAUGCACACGGUCUGUCUCAAUCCCUGCGCCUGCAUAUUAUGCCAGGCUAGUGGCAUUUAGAGCAAGAUACCAUCUUGUAGACAAAGACCAUGACAGUGCUGAAGGCAGCCACGUGUCAGGACAGAGCAAUGGCCGUGACCCUCAGGCACUAGCCAAGGCAGUACAGAUCCAUCAUGACACCCAGCACACCAUGUAUUUUGCCUGAUAAGACUCUGCACCCACGUGGCAGGAGUGGUCUGGUUGGUCAGGCCACCAACUGUUAAUUGUCAGGGCUCGUUUUUUAAAUUCAGGCUGCCCUCCACCAGCAGCAUCGGACAAUUGCACUGAAUUGAUACCUGCCGCCAACAUCUCGUGCAGGCACAAUUGAGCCAUUUUUAUUUUUAUUUCUUUCCGUAAGCAGAAACUUCAUAAACAGUCUUUGCAUUGGACUGAAUUUUUACCUCAAUACGCAAAAGGCUGAUCCUCUUUAAUAAUUUUUAAAGGACUUGGCACGAAAGGUUUUUAUUGAAAUAUUUUGCUGAUCAAUUUAUGUUACCUCUUCAUCCCAUGUUAAGGUUGUCAAGAAAAUGAAUUCCUGCUGGGCUUUGACAUAUUGCUUAGUGAGUCUCCAGGUAUGGCAAAACAGGAUUUUGCUGUUAUUCUGUCUGGAGCCAUAUAGACUUGAUCAGUGAAUUUUUGGUGUAAAACACCUUUCAACAAACAUUAAUUUUCAGAGGUAUGGCUGUUCCUUCGGUUUUGUUUUUGAAUUUCUCGCUUUGUCAAAUUUUGCUAGUUCCCUUUUUGUAAAUCUCUCUGCAGUCCUGGGCUGCAAAGCCAUUGCACUAUAACUGCGAAUUCAGCUUGGUGGUACUACUUCUGUGAAUGCAUCAUGUUAGCAGAGAAAAAUCCCCUUUGAAUAGUUCUAAUACAAUGAUAAUCAUUAUGGUUACAACUGCCACCUUUUCAUUCAAAAUGCUGAAAUGCUUCCCCUUCUAAAAAUAGGUAACCAGGUUCUGAACAAUUAGUUUUAGUAUUUUUCAAACAUCACAAAAAGUGCCCAUUUUAUGCUGCUAUGUUUGACAAAUUGAAGUCAUUUUUAAUACUCUUUUUCAUAGAAGGUUUUAACUUUGGCAAUAAUUUUUUUUAAAUAACCUGGCAGUAGCUUUUCUAGUCAGAAUCCAUUCUUGGGUAGAUUGACUUAUCUUUGCUGGAGAGAAAAUUAAUUACUGAAAAUGGAUCAGAAGAGGCUCCCUUCAUGCUUUUUACAAAUGAUUAUUUUUAACUGUUUUAUAGUCACCAUUGGUCCGUCUGCCCCUUUUUAUAAGCUUGGAAAGUGGGUGUUGUGUAUCGGAAAAAAGGCUUUGCCAAUUUGUACAGUUGUGUAUAGUGUGACAGUAGCAAUCAAAGACUUUUACCAGCAAUUUAAAUCCUGUUUCCUUUGAUGAUUUAGGUUUCUUGCAUGUAGAGCGACACUCAGUAGCAUGUGUGAAGUGUGAAUUGUAAUGUUAAUCUUGAACCUUUUCUAUUAGGAUUCUUAUUUUGCUCGGUUCUCUUCCACUGAAACAUGUUAAUACCAAAAGUAGGAUGGAGGGGGUUGUGCAGACAAUAAUAGUGUUGUGUUGAGACUAGCUUGUGAGUGUUAGCACACAAUGCUUUAAAUUCCUAGUUUUUGACUGAGUUGAUAUGGCCAUCACUGUGGAAGACUGGGAUUUGGGCAAUAAUUGCACUCUGGAUUUCUUAUCAAAGGGUGAUGUCACAGAGUCAUGUGAUCUUGUGAGCGUUCAAAUCCAGACUUUCAAGUUGGCAAUAUGAUACACCAUUUAGAUUGUUCUUCAGUCAGUUGAAAUAGAGCUUCUAAUAACUUGGAAAAUGUACAUUUCCAAGAACAUUAUUCAGUUGUGUCAGAGUACACUGAAGUUAGUCUUCAAGAAACAAAAAAAGUUUUAUAUGCUUCUUCCAGAGCCGUGGGUAUGUGUGGGUGUCUGUGGGAAAGGGCAUAUGCAGUGUUCGUCCCCAUUCAGAACUUAGUUCUGACAUCCAGAACUGAGAUAUUAGAUUGCUUAAGUAUAGAUAAGGUGUUUUUUUUUUUUUUGUAAACUUUUCCUUGGGAAUACCUCACUUGGAUAAUCAAUAUCAGGAUGCACAGGGAGGGAGAGUGGCCACUGCUUUAGUUUGUCUGCUGCUUUUCUUUUCAUUUAAUGUUCAGGGAGAAAAUGCAAGAAUUUUAACUCCUGCUGACCCAAACAAACGGAGAACUGAGGCACCUUGAAAAGAGUUUAAGCACCUGUUUUAGUGUGUAGCAUUUUUUUAUUGCACUAGAUAAGGACAUGGUUUGAGAGAGAGAAGUAAGAAAAAUGGCUAUAUGAACCACCUGGGUAUACCAGUAGCUCCCCUAGCACCUAGUAUAGGUGGAGAAAAGGGAUAUAUGUGCCCACCUGUCGACAGGCGAGAACUUCCAAAUCCCAGCCAGGCAGAAUGGAAAACGGGCUUUCCAAAAAGUUUGUAUACCUUCAGCAACCAAAUCUGCUUUUAUUCCCACGUCCAGAUCAAGAUUGGGAAGUAAGUCUGGAGGAUGACUUAAGCCUCUCCUUCUAUCAUUUCCCAGCAAAGGCAGAUUUUGGGAGCCAGGUGGGAUUCCUCAUUGCCACCCAAAUAGUAACAAAAAAGAGCGAUUGGAUGAAAACAUGCAUUUUAAAGGGCUCAGUUAAUUUUAGUUGUAGUUGGGCCCAAACUGUGAAGACAGGACGCUUAACGAAUCUGGGAAAGAUUUUUUUUCUGGUUGGCUUAUUACGAAAUAAAGUGUAUAAGCUAUAUGAAAUGGUUCUUUUUAAACAUUUUUUAUCAUAGGAAAAAAAAGGAUUUUGAUCAUAUUUUUCAUGUGUAUUAUAGCCCACAAUCCACAUUGGUCUUUUGAAAUCAUCCGUAUUUCAGAGAUAUGUAAGCAGGAUUCUUUUUUAAAUGAAUUAUUAUCACAGUGAAUUGUAUCAUCCCAAAAAUGUUGAUGAGAAAACUUUCUUGCCAACUUUUGCACUUUCUUGGAAUUUUUCAUGAUUUCCACCCCCUCUUCCUUCUUGUCUCUGUUGAAAAUUUUCCUGUGCAAAAAAAUGUUCAGUCAUCUCUUAGUUGCUGAAUGGUCCAAUGAUGUCAUUUGGGUAUGCUUCAGAGCUGAUAGCGAUGAAGAUCUUCAAACUGAUAAAAGGAGGGUCUUGUUGAUCUUUGGGAGACCUCUUUGACUCAUUGGGACUGCCCCUUCCCGUGGGGAUGAACUGAAUGGUUACGCAUGUGUCAAUCAAUGGGAAGAUGUGCAUUUUCUAGCUAUAGUUCUUAAGGUUUUAGGGUUUAGUUUGGUUGGGGUUUUUAAUGUUGUUUUCUUUCCUUUUGACCAGUCUUCUCCAACUGUGUUGUCUUUGGUCGUUUUGGGCUACAACUGCCACAAUUUCAACUUGGUUGGAGACUCUUGGUUUAUAUUAAGCCUGCUGGCUCCUUUUUUUUGUGCUGUUAUGUCAUGGGAGAUUUUCAAAUGUAGCAUAUUUGAACUGUGGGCUGGAGGAGAAUGGGCUAAUAAUUUGGCAGUAGUUCUUGGUGUUUAUAGGAAAAUCAAAUGUGGUUCCUUCUGUAAGUCUUCUGCCCUUUUUUUUUUUUUUUGAGCACUUUUAUUCCAAAGAGGCUCUAAAAAGCUUUUGCUCUGUAACAGAGAGUCUUGCUUACUUCUGUGACUUCUGGGCAUUUUAAGAAGGGCAUCCAAGGACAGGCAGAAGAUGUUCCGUGUUCCUUUGAUCAAGAGAAGUCCUUUUCUCCUACAGCCCUAAUAUCAAGAAUCUUUGCAUGGGUGGAGAAAGGGCAUGGUUCUUCUUAUGACAGGUCACCCAACCUCCAGUCAGUUCCCACUCCUGCCAAGAAAACUACCUUUGUUGAUAAGGCUGUGGGUCCUUUUUCCCCUUCUUGCGCGAUGGCAAGGCAGUUCCUCUGUUUUCAUUUUCGUAAAACAGAGUUCCGUGGGCAUUGUAUCAAUACUGUUUCAGCUGCAAGGUUUUUUCCCUUGUGCAAAUUGAGGAAAGAUCAUAAGUGGAUAUCAAUUAAGGGUUUCUUUAUACCUUGCUAUUGACACUUUCGUGACAUUUCUAUGUCUAGGGCCUGGACCUUGUACGUAAAACUUGUUGGCAUAUGUUCAUUUUCGACGGAUGUAUUUUUCCUUUGUUUGUUUGUUUGUUUGUUUCUAUACUGUUAGACUUGUAAUGUUAUAAAUUGUAUUUUAUUAAAUUGGACUGGAUGUAUGUCUAUAGCAAUACGAGGUACUUUUUCUUUAAAAGAAACUCUGGGAUGGGUAGGUUAACAGUACCUCCCUCCCCCAUUGCGAUAUGC